GAACCAGAUCUGUUGAUUUCAACUGCUUCCACUACAAAGCCCUUUGACUUGGGAGAUCUCACAAUUGAGGCACCUGGUGAGCUUUCUGGUAUGUUUUCUAAGUAUAUCUUCUUAUGAGUCUCGUUAAGGAUUAUAGCAUUCACUGUGAUAUUCUAUCAUGGCAUUAAUUUAAGCUGGCAAGCUCUUAUGUUGAAAGUAAUUGGCUGGCCUCGAAAAUUCAGAUCAUACAGCGAAUUAUUGGGGAUUCUCAAUCUUUCCUUCUGCAUCUAGAACAGUUCAAAUAACUCAUCUGCCCACUUAGGAGGCGAUGUGACUCGAGGAACAAGUUCAAGUUGGAGUUUUGUGAAGUUGUUCUGUAUGGCAUCAGCUUUACUGGUCUUCAUCAAAUAAGCGCAACAAUAGCAGGAAGAAGGGUAGAAAGCAUCUCUAAUACAGUGAAAUAUAAUUCUGGACUGGAUGGUGACAACCAGAGUGCUUCUGCUAAAACUGACUUCGCAAUGCAGGAGAAUGGGUGUUGAAGAGAGCAGAUCAACCCUCUGUACCCAAGCGCUGACACUUUUGUGGUCAGGCCCAGCCCACCAGUUGAGUUGUUGGUUCCAAACACUCCCAAUGUACCUAUGUAAGUAUGUAACUCGUGGUUUUAAAUAGAACCUAGGGGUGAAAGAGGUUGAGCGAUGCUCGCUCCUGAGAGACUAGGGUUUUGGUGGUAUAUGGGUCAAGAUGAUUGUAAUCCUCCGUCGCUACUUCAAGAUGACUGCUUAGAGUCCAAGAUUUACCUUCUAAAAAGCAUUCAAGCUUUAAUUACUGAAGCUGCUUUUUUCAUGCUUCUUUGUGCAUUAAGGUUUGAUCACAAGAACCUCACUCGUACGUACAUAACCAGCGUUUGCCACCAAGGACAAGAAGAAAGUUCAUUCUAUAGAUUAGGGAGUUCCUUUUCUGUCUCACUUUCUCCUCUGCCGCGACCACUGCCAGAGAUAGAGAAGGCGGAUGAUGAUUGGAGUAGAAAAGGGGGUUUUGGUCAGCAACCCAACCCAAAGCUCAAAACUUUGAAACGAGAGUUUAGGAUUUUGCAGAAAGGAAGGAAAUUUCCAGCUGGGUUUUUCGGAUGUGUACCCGACAAGAAACGGCGUCGUAACAUAGUCACUGUGAAAGAAGGAAUCCUAUUUAUGGUGAGUUUUAGGGAGAGAAAGAGAUCUGCUUUCAGCUUCUCUCUUCUCAACUUUCUCUUUGUAGGAGUUCGGGGUUGUCAGUUUGAGCGCCAAGAUGGUCAAUUCUCUGUGUCCUUUUCCAUUUCUUGAUAAGCCAUGAUCAAUCGAUUGCUUUUCUUUUAGUUUUCUAAAUUGGGAUGGUUCUAGCUCUGUGAAUUUUACCUAGAUUCCUGCUAUCAUUUCGGUGAAGUUUCUUCCUUUAGCGGGUUGUGGUUGUAGAUUUGUAUGCUUUUAUUAUCUCCAGCUCGGACUUCCAUUUGGGUGCCGGGAAAUGUCCAUGAACUCUGGUAAAUUUUUUUCAUAGAGAAAUGAGAAUUGAAGGAGCCACCUGAAAUACAAAGUUGGGUUUUGGAAUUUCAAAAUUCUGGAAAUUUAAUUUUGUUUUUGGGUUCUGGUUUAUGAUAUCAUAUCAAUGAUUUAUUCUUCUUGCUUCUUUAGUUCCUAGCUACCUACUUGCUACGUUCUGUUAUUCUCUAGCUGUUGGAUUUGUACGAAUUUCUCUUAUGAGAUGUAUAACAUGGUUUUAUUCUUUUAAUAGCACAAAUUGGGGAGAGGGCACCGGGAUAAAAUUCAGCAGUUCAUAACAGUAACUGGAGCGAGUGAAAAAGUUGCUCUUCAAGCUUUGAAGGCCACUGAGUGGCAUCGUGAUGGAGCUCUUGAUGUCUGCUACAGCCAGCCCCAGAUUAGAACUUUUACUGAUAUCAGACACCUGGAGGAGGUUGAGAGUGUUUGGACUUAGAUGGGCCACUUGCAGAGGAUGAUGACAAACCUUUUCCAUCUUGUUAUUUGAAUGCAUUCUUCUGAUGUUGUCAUAAUUAAUCUAGAAGUUCAAAUUCAACACCUUAGUGCUCUCAAGAAGUUGACCAUAGAGCACUUUAAACAAGUGGUAGCUUUGCCAGAGUGGGUGGGAAACUUUUGCUCUUGUCAAUGUCUGCGGAUCUACUUUUGCAAUAAUAUGAAACAUCUGCCUUCCGUGGCAGCCAUUUGACCCCUCUCCAAACUGCAGGUGCUUGAGAUUUAUAACUGCCCGAAGUUACAAGAGAGAUGCGCCGAGUAAUGUGGUUCUGAAAGGUCCAAGAUUUUGCACAUUCCAGAUAUCAUUUCAAAAUAAGCCAAGACUAAGGCCUGGAUGGAAGAGUUGUGAAUGCAUCACAAAGGUUUGGCUUUCAACAUGUGAUCAGUUAACGUACACAGUACUGGAACACAUUUUAUGGUUGCAGGCAUCCAAUGAUUCUUCUGGUAUGCUUUCUAAGUAUGCCUUUUUAUGAGUCUCAUUAAGUAUUAUGGCGUUCACUGCAAUAUUCUAUCAUGGCAUUUUAAGUUUGCAAGUUCUUACGAUAAAAGUAACUCUCAUGCUUCAAAAAAUUUGGAUCAUACAGCAGGUUCUUGGGGAUGCUCAAUCUUGCCUUCUGCACCUAGAAUCAAACCAAAUUUGUUUUUGAGUUAGCUCAUGACUACAUCAAUGUAACUUUGAGUAGAAUUAUUUAUCUUAAAAACUGUUUAAGAGGCAUAUGUUUUGCCAAUUUUCCUUUUCAUUAUUUAAUUUUUCUCUGUAUCUUUGGCCUUUGUUGCUUUGGAGCAGAUAUGAUUCCCAGUAUCUGGUUUCUCGUUUGUUUCUCCUUGUUACCACCAGCAUGUUCCUCCAAAAAUAAGAGCAAUAUUGAAGAAUUCUAUCACCGGGGAGGAAGUUCCUGCUGGAUAUUUGCAACAAUUUUUGGAUGGCAUUGCUUCACCAUUGACACAGUCAGCCUAGAAGGCAACUUCAAUCCCAUUUUUUUUCUUCAAUUGAAAGAUCAAUAGUAAAGGUAGAAAUCAUUCAAAUUUCUUCUGACCAAUUACUUCACAUUCAUUAUUCAGGAGCCUUAAUUAAGUCACUUGACACAUAAAGGGACAUAUGGGGAUUAUUUCUGCUGACAGCAUACUGCUCUCACUAAGUUAAUACAUAAACUAUGCUAUGCUAGCUAGAUUGCUUAUUAGGGUUACGAGUCAGGUGCAGUUUGAGCGGUUA